AUGCAGAGAUACGAUACGACACCUAUCCCUAAGAAGGCGCAUGGUCUUGUAGAACCUGAUACGCUACUGCUAAACACUUUAAGGGAUCGUGUGCGUACGCUUGGCGAGAUGAUUCUGCAGAUCACCGAUACUGCACUGUCCGAGGCCGAGGCCCUUUCUCGCGAGAUCAGCUCUUCCACAAGCCGAAGUGCAUAUAGCCCUCUGAACAAUCGAAUAAAUCGAAAUGUCCUGAAUACGGUUGUUAAAUCGAGUCGUGAGAGUGGUAAAAUAGUAGUUUCUGUUUCUAUCGUCAACACACGCGAGCCGAGCUUGGUUGCCUCAGACAGCAGGCGGAUGGCCGAGCAAAGCCUCUCGCGGCCUCCAACCGCUCGAUCGAAACACAAGUCGAUUAACAGCCUGCGAAGCAGCGUCGUUCAAUCGUCCGAAAGCAAAGAAUCCUCCUGCGUAGGGGUUCGCCAUGCCAACCGCGCGGACGACAAACCCUGGCGGCAGAAAUCCGCCCGACCUCGCUCGGCUCGUCUAAAAAUGAUCGAACAUCGGCCCAAUUCGGCCCUAAAAGAGACCCCGAUUUCCCACCCUGCGGGGAUUGAUGCGGUGGUGCGGAAAGGCAUUUUGUGGGAUGACGAGGCCAUUGAGCAGUUUUUGAAGGACAAACCCACGGCGGGGGACUAUCAGGAGGUCAUCCGACGCCCCAAGCCCUCCAAUCCCAAAAAUAGGUCCCACAUGGAUGAAGGCGCCUUAAAGUCCACCCAUUCGCUUGAUCCGCGAGCCCCGAAUGGUGAGGGCGGUGCCGGUGAGCCGUUUCGAUGCCGCGCGCCCGUUUACGAUAAGUCCUACGAGGUCUAUGAGGAUUCCGCCCCCAAGCGGACAUCCAACAAGGAUAGCGCCGACCAAGGCGGGUUGACCCUUUCAUCCAAAUCGUCUUUCCACGGGCGGCAAGAGAAGGCUUCCCAUGAACGCCAAGCCCCAAGCGGCGCGGUGGGAAGGCAUCGAUCCUGCCGGGUGGUAAUUGAAACCCUUUCUGGGGUUUACCACCUUCCCGGGGCGAUUUUGACCCACCAGACGCUCACCGACGCGGAGGUGGAGGCGACGCUGCUGAAAUUCGAGCACCCAACCGAGCCCGGGGCCUUGAGUUUGAGCACCAGUUCGCAUCCGCAGAUGUGGUCCUUGCCCAUCCACGAGGACCCCACCGCCGCGAACUCGCCGCUUUCGCACAAUCGAUCCAAAAAGGAUCCCAUCGUGAGUUUGGACUCCGCCCGAGCGCUUUGGGGAUCCCGCGAGGCGCCUUUGUCCACCCCGGCGGCCUCCUCGCUUGGUCCGGAAUCGAGCCCGCGCGUGAUGGAACUUCGCCCGGUUUUGGUUGGGGAGCCCUGCCCCGUCCAGCGCGUUUUAGGGAGAAAGCCCCACAGCUCGGAGGGCUCCAAGGUUUGUGUAAACCUGCCGUAA